GGACGGCUUUCAGAGUAAUUCACACAUCUACGUGUUCUUGAACGUUCCCAAAGAGCCUCAAGUUCGACUUAUUUGGUUCAAGAGCAAGAACAAUAAAGCAACCACUUUGAACUCCCUCGAAGGUACGACACUCAAAUGCUGUGGAAACAUGGAACGCCGGCGGCUCCUGUCUUCCUCUGUGAUUCCAGGUUCUGGUGGGCCCCAUGGGCAGGUGCUCUGGGCAGGUGUGUUCACUGCAGAUAACACAAGCCACCCCAUCAACACCAUGCUGGCCAUCUAUGACAUCAGCCCCUCAGCAGGGCGUCAACUCGAAUACAAAGACCCAGACUUCUGCUAUGAAUGCUGUGGAGAGUCAUCACCAAAGAGGAACACCAAGGACCUGCAGCCAGUGGCGGAGGUGUUUAAAUACAGCUCCAUGACAUCAGUGUUGGCAGUGAGACACAACUCCUGGCUGGUGUUCUUCAUCGGGACAGGAGACGGACAACUCAUCAAGCUUGCUGUAGACAAGGCCUACAAACCUGCCUGUCCCAGAGUGCUCUACAAGUCAGAUGACGACCGCAGUGUGUUUCCCAAGAUGCACCUGGAUCCAGUGGACCGCAAACAUGUGUACAUGGCACUGAGGAACCAGAUGUUCGUUUCAGGAUGACUGCCUUCAGCCUUCAGCCUGGAUCUCCAUCUCUGAGGACUCCCAACAACAGAACAUGGUCUCUUACCAGGUGGCGAAGAACAGCAGUGGAGAGAAGAUCACACUCACUGUCAAGGUCCACCUGAAUGUGAAUGGGACAGGAAGUCUCGCCUUCGCCUGUAACUUCCUUACAGGAAGUGGUAAUCUGUGUGACAGCACAAGCCCCGCUCCAGCGUUGCCGCAAUGCUCCUGUCUGUUCUCCAUCGACCAGCUUCCUGCUGAAGGUCUGAAUGUCACAGUGAAGAUAAGAGUGGGGAAGCAGAACCUUGUUGAGAAACUAAUGCUAACUGACUGUUCAGACAUCACUGGACCACCUACCUCUGCCCUGUUAGUCAGAAAUCCCAAAUCUGUCUUGCUACGCCUCAGCACCUUGAUAUGGCUAUGUUUGGACC